GGGCUGGAUUCAGUGCCGCGCCGACUACCGUACGACCGAUCGAAAUGGCGAGCUGAUAUUUAUUUAUACCUGGAGCAAUCAAAGUGUAUUACUUGGUGUAGUGUUGAGUGCCAGUGAAAUGGCACUAGAACUCCUUGAUUAUCGAAAACGGAAUAAAAGUGCCUGGAAGUUUUCUCGAUCUAGAAUGCUUAUAAUUUUAUAUGUGAAUUCAUUUAGUGUAAAAAUAAAUUGAGAGAGAAGUAUGCAACAAGCGAACCAAGUUAACAUUAGCUCUGGCGGGGAAGUGGGUAACGGGGGAGUUGUGUCUUCCCCAGCCGCGACAGGAGCCACGGGCACGGCGACCACUAAAAGCCACGUGAACGGUGGUAGAUUUGACUUCGACGAUGGGGGUACCUAUUGCGGCGGGUGGGAGGAUGGGAAAGCGCAUGGCCAUGGUGUGUGCACCGGACCUAAGGGACAAGGAGCGUAUUCCGGCUCCUGGCAUUACGGCUUCGAAGUUUCUGGGAUUUAUACUUGGCCAAGUGGGAGCGCUUUCGAAGGUCAAUGGCAAAAUGGUAAAAGACAUGGUUUGGGCGUGGAGACUCGAGGACGCUGGAUAUAUAGGGGAGAAUGGACUCAGGGAUUUAAAGGACGAUACGGCGUCCGGCAGUCCAACACAUCAACGGCGAAAUACGAGGGCACGUGGGCCAACGGCCUUCAGGAUGGUUACGGUUCCGAAACGUACGCCGAUGACGGAACGUAUCAAGGACAAUGGCUGCGUGGAAUGCGUCACGGGUAUGGAGUCCGAAACAGCGCUCCAUUUGGUAAAGCGUCAAAAUAUCGAAAUAAAACCCUAAGAGCCUCCCUGACAUCGUUACGAAGCAACGAAGGUGCCAAUGCGGAUCCCACUGAAAAGCGCGAUCGAAGAGUAGACGAUGCACGAGGGGGAUUCGUCUUAAAGAUGAAUUCCGACGAGCCCGCUAGAAGAAGAUCUCUUGGCGAAAAGUCAAUUAAGAAAAGUUUACUCAUGGGUUUGAAACUGAAAAAACAACGAAGCACUGGUGAUUUAGAAAAAGGAAAUGGUAGUAUACGAUCAACAGGUUCGACAGCAUCGUGGAUGAGUACAGAUUCGGCACAAUCAGCAAUGACAAAUGCUUCCUUACAUACCGACUCAAAUGCCAGCUUUGUCGUGGAGGACGAACACAUGGACGCAAACGUCACGGAAACGUAUAUGGGGGAAUGGAAAAAUGACAAACGCAGUGGAUUCGGUAUAAGUGAACGUUCCGACGGGUUAAAAUAUGAGGGUGAGUGGUAUGCGAACAAGAAGUACGGAUAUGGGGUCACCACUUUCAGCAAUGGCGAAAAGGAAGAGGGAAAAUAUAAAAAUAAUGUUCUCAUAACGAGUAAUAAGAAAAAACAUUUAUUCCUGAUGCGCUCGGCGAAAUUUCGGGAACGCAUCGAUGCGGCGGUUAACGCGGCUCAAAGAGCUUCAAAAAUUGCCCUGCAAAAAGCCGACAUUGCUAUAUCUCGCACAGCUACAGCAAGAGGCAAAGCCGAACAAGCGGACAUUGCGGCGGAUCACGCGAGAAGCGAUUCCGACGUCGCUCAAGCCGUAGCUAGACAAUACGCGCCGGACUUUAAGCAGCCAGGAUUGGAAAGACUAAAGGCGAGGCAUCGCGAGAAAUUCGUCUCGUAUAACAAUCCAAAAGAUUCUUCCUUAACUAGUAAUAUUGCUAACGAAAUACAUAAUCAAUUGCCUAGUCAAAUUAAUAGUCAAAUUUCUAACCAAAUACCAAAUAAGAUAAUGAAUCAAUCUCCAGAUAGUAAAAAUCAAUACUCAAGUCAAAUUCCUAAUCACACUUCCGUCUUAGAACAAAAUAAAAUAGGUGCUCCAACAUAUAAUCAAAACGCGUAUCAAUCAAACAAUUUGUACGCGGAAAAAGGGCAACCAAAUCCAACGCAUUCGGCGAGUUACGGCGCAAAUAUAAUUAGUAACUUGGUAGACGUAAAACCCACUAUUGAUAAGGAUAUCAGAGGAAGAAAAUCCAUAACGCGAGAGGACGACCAAGCUGCAUCUGCGAUAAGGCGAAUGUCGCGAAGAGUAUCGGGAGAUCGGCCACCAAACGUCGGAUGGGUACCCAAUCAAACUUCUAUAGAUUACUUUGAUCAUUACAAGCGACCACCAAGUAGAGACUCUAGUGUAGAUAGGUAUACGAGGGCUACGGGAAGACUUAGUGCCAGUGGUUCCAGGCAACCGUCGGUCGAAAUCAAUUCUGGCGCCACGAAUACACCGGAACGAAUGUCGAGAGCGCCAUCUGUCGCGAGAGGAACGACACCAACACCGAUGCCCGCCAAGAAUGGUAACGUUUUAACAGGAAAUCCCAUAAAAUUGAAUAUAUCUCCGAUGCCUUCCAAUAAUUCCCUCCAAAUGCCCCCGUUCGAAGAUGUCAUCAUUAGGAAGCGAGGUUUGGGACAAGACAUUGUUCCGUCGUUAAAUCAACCGAAACGUACGGAAAGUUUAUACAUAAAUCUAGGAGCUGCUCCCGUCGUCAAGAACCUGGUCGAGCAGACUACCUUGCAACGUAAGAAAUCCCUUCCUGACGUACAAGUCUUGCCCAAAGCUUCGGAGGGAAUGUCCAGGGAGGAAGUGUCGGCGUUAGGAUCGGCGCGACGGGAGGAAGUUCGACGAAUGGCAGACGAAAAAGAACGACUACGUGCAAAUCCCCUACUAUAUUUAGUUAGUCCACAAGUUAAGGAUUGGUUCUCGCGCCAACAGCUGGUAAUCCUCAUAUUAUUCGUCAACAUCUCGCUGGCCAUCAUGUUCUUCAAACUCCUGACAUAGUACAGGCUUGGCGUCAUUCGACGCAACUUCGAUAAACGUAGGCUAACAUGGAGGAAGCGAGCUGACUUUUGGCAUCCAAUUCUUGACAAUUAUUAGAAGUAAUUUUGACAAACACCGACCACUUUUACUGAUGUAAAGUCUUCAUAAUUAAAAAUUUUCCAUGUAAUAUUGUAAAAGUGUAUUUAUUAUUAGAAGUUGGUUGUUUAGCUUUUUAAUUGUCGGUAAUCAAAAACUUUCUAUUGAAUUUUAAAUGUAUUUAAGUAGUUGUAGCAUACUAUUGUAUUUAUUGUGUAUAGCAAGCAUAUUGUGUAUACGCAUUUUCGCGUUUUAUUAAAAAGCUGAACAAUCAAUAUAUUACUUAAAUUUAUAUAGUAAUUAUUCUUUUGCUACAAUGUAGUUUUUGUCCGUGCCAGAAGUUGUAUCACAUAUGGCUUCAUAUGAAGGAUAUCGAGCUUCUGUACGACAGAGACUAUGGCGUCACAGCAGCGUCCCUUAGGUACAGUUUAUUUUAUUUCGUAAUUCCCUUACUGCAGGAUAUGAAAUAACGACCAUAAAAUCGAAUCGAGUUUUUAUUACUGGGAAAAUAUGUUCGCCUAAAGAAAAAAGUAUUAGUGUUAUAUGACGUGAUUUAGGGAAAUGUCUUUUAUAAUAAAGAUUUAUUAGGUUAAUACAAUUUGCCUAUAAUAUAGAAUAAUAAACUUAUAAUAAUAAAUUCGAAAAGAAAUUUCCAAAAAAAUUAAGAAAUUCGCCAAAUCUUUUCAUAAAACGUACAAUGUUUGCCAAACAUAUAUCAAAUGAUUCGCUUAGUUUCGCUGUUUCUGUUGCCAAUAGUCAUCAUAAAGGCUUUAAACGCAACAAAUAAAACUAUAAACGGUAUGUAUGUAAAUAGCUCUUAUACCUAUUUUCAUACAGAAUUUAUUUAUUUGUUUGUUGCAUUCUACCUAGAUACCUGUACAGAACGGCAAUUUCUUACCUUUGAUGUAAAUGUCGCUGUUUAUACACAUACUGUUUCCCUCACUAAGGAAUUCGGCACUUAGUGCGAAAUUCCAUGGUAGGUUAAUGAAAGAUGGGGGUAUAUGGCAGAAAUAUUAAGUUGAAUUCUAGUAAAAUUAUACACAUAUAGUUCUGAAAAUAUUAUAUUUGUAUAAAAGUUUUCUAUACUUACUGUUUUGGGUGCCUUGUAAAACCUGUAGGUAAUUCGCUAUAUUAGGUACUCUUUAUACUUGUGCAGGAUUAAAAAUGAAACAAACAUAUUUCUAGAUUUAUAAAAGAUAACUUCUUGGUCUGUAUAAAACGUAGGUAAAUCUGUCUAUACCACUUUAUAUUUUUAAUUAAUAAAUAAGGGCCAAUUACUUUUUCCCUUAG